CUCCUAUUUGGUCUCAUUUGCUUUCCCUUUCCUAUCCCCCCCCCCCAGCACUCUGGCACUUACAGAAUGAGGAUCUAUGAGAGAGAUGACUUCAGAGGACAAAUGUCAGAGAUCACAGACGACUGUCUCUCUCUUCAGGAUCGCUUCCACCUCAAUGAAAUCCACUCCCUCAAUGUGAUGGAGGGCUGCUGGGUUCUCUAUGAGAAGCCUAGUUACAGGGGCCAGCAGUACCUGCUGAGGCCAGGGGAGUACAGGAGAUACCUUGACUGGGGAGCUACAAAUGCCAAAGUUGGUUCUUUUAGACGAGCCAUGGAUUUUUACUGACGCAUUUACACUGUCCAUUUUUCUCCUUUAGAAUCUAAUAAAAUAAUGUAGCUUGUGAUUCCGGCACUAAGAGAAUCUCACUUUUCUUUCAAUCUAGUAAGCAUUCCUAAGCAAUAAUGGUACUAAGCCAAAUAUAAUACGUUUUCAAGAUGGGGAACAACCUCCUACAAGGAGAACAAUGUUG